AUGGCAGGAAAUAUAGACCUGAAAAACUCCAUAGAUGAUGCCUUCUCAAAGCUGCAUCCCAGCUUUCCUCUGGAUACAAGUAUUGCCAUAGUUGGAGGAGGUCCAAGCGGAUUGUCUGCCGCCUAUGCAUUAUCCAGGCUAGGAUACCAUAACAUAACUGUGCUGGAAAAAUAUCAUACAGUCAGUGGCAUGUGCGAGUCGGUUGAUAUUGAAGGCAAAGUAUAUGAUCUUGGUGGACAAGUUCUAGCAGCGAAUAGUGCUCCGGUUAUUUUCAAUUUGGCUAAAGAAACAGGAUGUGAGCUAGAAGACAUGGCAUCACACAAGCUUGCUCUAAUAGAUAGCAGCACUGGAAAGUAUCAAGACAUAAAAGUUGCAGAUGAUUAUGUAUCAAUGAUAUCACUCACCUUAGAAAUUCAGGAUAAAGCAGGUGCUUCUGGUAGAAUUGGAGUUCAUGGUGUCAGCGAUAUAGCUUCAGACUUGACUCCAGUAUUCCUAGAGAACCAUGGACUCAAAUCUGUCCCAAAAUCAGUGGCCUAUGGUUAUACUGCUUCAGGAUAUGGAUUUGUUCGAGACAUGCCUUAUGCUUAUGUUCAUGAAUUCACCCGCACUUCAAUGGCUGGUAAAAUCAGGCGUAUAAAAGGCGGUUACAUGAGUUUAUGGGAAAAAGUCAGUAAAUCCUUACCAGCACAAGUACUCUGCAAUACUGAAGUAUUAGCAGUACGGCGAAAUUCUAUAGGCAUAGAAGUAGAUGUUAGGAACUGUAAUGGAGAACCUGAAACCAUGGAAUUCGACAAGAUCAUUUUCUCUGGAGCUUUUCCAUUUACCAGUGGGAGAGUAUACAGAUCAACAUCUUCAUCUCUAGUAGAUGCUGAAAACAAAAUAAUGGACUUCAGUGAGAAAGAGAAUGAGCUCUUUGGUAAAGUACAAACUAUUGACUACUACACUACAGUUUUGAAGAUUAAAGGGUUUGAACAUAUGCCGAUGGGGUUUUACUACUUCGGGGAAUUUAUGGAUGAUCCAGCAACCAUAGGAAAUCCUGUAGCAAUGCAGAGGUUUUAUGGUGACACAGAUAUUUUUCUCUUCUGGUCAUAUGGGAACUCAGAUACAAUCAAGGGAGCAACAGUUACACAGCUAGCAACUGAUGCAGUUACAAGAAUGGGAGGACAAGUUCUAAAAGUAGUAUUACAGCGACGAUUCAAGUACUUUCCUCAUGUCAAAAGUGAAGAAAUGAAGGAAGGAUUCUAUGACAGAUUAGAGAAUGAAAUUCAAGGUCAGCAGAAUACCUAUUAUGUAGGCGGGCUCAUGGCAUUUGAACUCACAGAGAGGAAUUCAUCAUACGCUAUGGCUUUGGUUCGCAAGCGCUUUGCACAUUCUGAUCCUCUUCCUAGCUUUCCAUACGUCAAGAGAUUAUUCCCUAUGUCCUCGAACUUUCAAAAUAAGAAACCUCUGGCACUGGAUGAAGUUCCAGGAGUGAAAUUCCCUGAUUUACCAAACCUUGAUGCCUAUUUAAAGUUCUGGGGAACACAUCACAUCACCAUGAAUAAAACUCUUUAUACUUGGAUUAAUGAAGAAGGGGAGAUAGUAGGCAGAAGGACAUUUGGAGAACUUCAUGCUAAUGCUUCUUCCAUCGCCCAGAUGCUCUUGACUAGCCAAAAACCACUUAUUAAUCCAGGUGAUAGGGUUUUGUUGGUUCAUGUCCCGGGUCUUGAUUUUAUAGAUGCCUUCUUUGGAUGCUUAAGAGCCAGAGUACUGCCAGUUCCAGCUCUUCCACCAGAUCCACUUCAAAGAGGUGGUCAAGCCCUUCUGAAAAUCGAAAACAUAGCAAAGGCAUGUAAUGCAAAGGCCAUUCUGUCAACCAUAAGCUACCAUGGAGCAGUUCGAGCUGGCUCAGUAAAAAACUUGAUUUCACUGUCCUCUAAGAGCCAUAGGAAUUCAGCUCGUUGGCCUAAUCUUCCAUGGAUGCAUACAGAUUCCUGGAUUCGGAACUCUAAAGGAAAGACUCAUAACAACAUCUCUGUAUCUGAUCCAAACUCGGAGGAACUGUGUUUUCUUCAAUUCACCUCAGGAUCAACAGGUGACGCUAAAGGAGUAAUGAUAACUCAUGGUGGGCUAAUACAUAAUGUGAAGUUAAUGAGGAAAAGAUACAAAAGCACAUCAAACACAGUGUUGGUGAGCUGGCUUCCUCAGUACCAUGACAUGGGAUUAAUUGGGGGUCUUUUCACCUCUUUGGUCAGUGGUGGAUCUGCAAUAUUGUUUUCCCCUAUAACCUUUAUCAAGAAUCCCCUCCUGUGGCUCGAAACCAUGAGCAAGUACAGCGCAACCCAUAGUGCUGGCCCUAACUUCGCGUUCGAACUUGUGAAUAGACGGUUGGAGGUUUGUAAGGAUAGAGAAAGCAAGUAUGAUCUUUCUUCUAUGAAAUUUUUGAUGGUUGCUGCUGAACCAGUAAGGGAAAAAACAAUAAAAAAGUUUCUUGAGCUUACAGGUCCUUUAGGGCUCUCCCAACAGGUGAUGGCUCCUGGUUAUGGAUUGGCAGAAAACUGUGUGUUUGUAAGCUGUGCUUAUGGAGAAGAGAAACCCAUAGUGGUGGACUGGCAAGGGCGGGUCUGUUGUGGAUACGUGACAAACAAUAAUGAAGAUGUCGACAUCAGGAUAGUUGAUCCGGAAAAAGGACAAGAGAUACAGUCACCGGGAAAUGAAGGAGAAAUUUGGAUUAGUAGUCCAAGUGCUGGAGUUGGCUACUGGGGCAAUGACGAGCUCAGUGAAAGAACAUUUAGGAAUAAACUUGACAAUCAUCCUGGGAAGUUCUACACAAGAACUGGAGACCUGGGGAGGAGAGUUGAUGGGAACUUGUUCAUCACGGGAAGAAUCAAGGAUCUUGUUAUAGUUGCCGGGAGAAAUAUCUAUUUGGCUGAUGUAGAAAAGACUGUGGAGAGCUCAUCUGAACUACUACGUCCUGGUUGCUGUGCUGUCAUUGGGGUUCCAGACGAAAUCCUAUCAGCGAAAGGAAUACCGACAUCAAAUAACUCAGAUCAGCUCGGGUUGGUUGUGAUUGCAGAGGUGAAGGAUGGAAAGCCUGUCAGUAAAGAUGUCGUUGAGGAAAUUCAGGCCAAGAUAGCCGAAGAACAUGGUGUUAGUGUGGCAGCAGUCAAGCUGAUCAAACCCCGUACCAUCAGCAAAACAACAUCCGGGAAAAUUAAGAGAUUUGAGUGCCUGAAACAGUUCAGUGAUGAAACAUUGAAUCUGGUUCUCGAUCCAGUAAAAACAAAACGAGCUUUGGUCCGGUCUUUCACUACUGGCACAUGUAGGGCAGGGAACACACCUAGACCGCACUUGGCAGCAGCUCCACCCUCAUCAACAUCACCUUCCCCAGGUCCUAGAUUGACUAACAAAGAAAUUGUAGAAUUCCUGACAGCCCUUGUCUCGGAGUUAACAGGUGUUCCCGUCAGUAAGAUAUCCUCAACUGAGAGCCUGGUAACUUACGGGAUUGAUUCCAUAGGUGUUGUGAGAGCAGCUCAAAAGCUGUCAGAUUUUCUGGGGGUGCCUGUUGGAGCUGUCGACAUUUUCACCGCAACUUGUAUCGAGGAUUUGGCCAAUUUCUCAGAGGAUCAUCUGAUGAAGUCACAACCUCAAUUACUGAGAAACCAUUCUCAUCUUCAGGAGCCUGAGACUGAAAGCUUUGAGCUGGUGACUGAAGUUUCCACUUUUCACCAACUGGGUACCAUGUUCUUACAACUCCUUGCUCUUGCUUAUGUCUCAAUUCUGCUCACCACUCCUGCAUAUUUCUCAAUUCACCUGUUUAAGAAUAUGGUAAUCAGUGCGGCCUUGAGUAAUGCGGCUCAAUGGUCAAGUUAUGUGAUCUCUCUUGCAUUUGCACCUCUCUGUUGGAUCCUUUGCAUCUUUGCAACAAGCAUCUCCAUUUCUGUUUUUGGGAGUGCUUUUCUGCAACCAAAUUAUGCCCUCAAACCUGAAGUCUCCAUCUGGUCAUUGGAUUUUGUAAAGUGGUGGGCGCUUUACAAGGCGCAAGAACUUUCAUCAAAGGUUAUGGCUGUUCAUCUGAGAGGGACAAUAUUCCUGAAUUACUGGUUUCAAAUGAUGGGCGCACAGAUAGGAUCAUCAGUCAUGCUGGAUACUGUUGAUAUUACUGACCCCGCUCUGGUCUCAAUUGGAGAUGAAACUGUACUUGCUGAAGGUGCUUUAAUACAAAGCCACGCGGUACGGAAUGGCAUCUUGAGUUUCCUUCCAAUCCGAAUUGGAAAGAGUUCGUCCGUUGGACCGUAUGCUGUAAUACAAAAAGGAAGUGUAUUGGGAGCAAGGAGUAAGGUUCCAGCCUUACAGAAGACUGAAGCAGGAAAGCCUAUUCCCAGAUCAGGCCAAUCUACCAACUCAUCUGAGGUCACAGAAAUGUCAGAAGUAAUAGAUCACACCGGAAGUGAAGCCAUAUACCACUUCAUGGGCAUCUACUUGGUUGGAUUGAUUAGCAGCAUCUCAGCAGCUGUUCUUUAUUGCCUCUACAUAGCAGUUUCGCAAAAGCCUCUAUCAACUGAAAUGUUUGCUUUCUUUUGUGUUUCUGGAGCCUUCCACUGGCUUCCAUUCACAAUGAUUGCAUAUGCAACAAUGAUUUCCGGGGACAACACGAGUCCAGUUAUGUUUGCUACUUCAGCUGCAGGCUCAUAUGUAGCUCAUGGUUUGGUAUACAUCCUUUUCACAAGCUCCGUUAACUAUUUUCUAUCAAAUAAAGAAACAAAGCAAUCCCACCUCAGGAGAUGGCUUCGACACCGUCUUACAGUUGCCUGUCACCUUAGAUUCGCCAAACUCCUUUCCGGAACUGAAGCCUUCUGCACAUAUUUGAGGCUCUUGGGCGCAAAAGUUGGGAAACACUGCUCCAUCAGAGCAAUUAAUCCAGUUUCAGACCCCAGUCUUCUGUCUAUUGGUGCCGGUGUUCAUUUGGGGGACUUCAGUCGCAUUGUUCCUGGAUUCUACUCUUCUGGACGAUUUAGAUGCGGCAAAGUUGAGGUUCAGGAUAAUGCAGUAAUUGGGAGCCAAAGCAUUGCCAUGCCUGGCUGUGUUAUUCAAGAAGAUGUAAUUCUUGGGGCACUUUCUGUUGGCCUAGAGAACUCAGUGCUUAAGAGAGGAGGAGUAUAUGUAGGAUCAGAAAACCCAGUCAUGAUCAAGAACAGACUUCAUGCCUUGGAUGAGCGCAUAGAAGAGAUGGACUUCAAAUACAAAAAGAUUGUUGGAAAUCUAGCAGCAAAUUUGGCUGCCACUACUCUUAAAGUUAAAACAAGAUACUUCCAUCGCAUAGGCGUCAGCGGAAGGGGAGUUUUGAAGAUUUAUGACAACAUUGCGGGAUUCCCUGAUCACAAGAUUUUCCAUCCUGGAAAGAGCUAUCCCAUCAUUGUUAGGCACAGCAACAGUUUAAGUGCAGAUGAUGAUGCCAGAAUUGACGCUAGAGGUGCAGCACUUAGAGUACUCUCAGAUGACUCAAAUGGUGAAGUCCCUCUUCUGGAUUUGACAUUGAAAACAGGCAAAGCAUUUUAUGCCCGCUCAAUUUCAGAUUUUGCAACAUGGUUGGUAUGUGGACUUCCAGCGAGGGAGGAACAUGUAAAACGCGUCCCUCGAGUAAGAGAUGCAGUAUGGAUGUCCCUGCGAAAUGCAAACUCAUUCACCAACCUGCACUAUUACUCAAAUAUAUGCAGACUUUUCCGCUUCUCGGAUGGACAAGAAAUGUAUGUAAAGUUUAAGUUGCGUCCUUUCGAUGAAAAGAUAAGUGAAGAUUCAGGAAAGGUUGAGCCUAUUGGAAUCCUCCCACCAGAAACAGGUGCAAUACCCCGAGACAGUGCCGACACAAGGCCUUUACUUUUCCUAGCUGAAGAUUUCCAACAACGGGUGAGUUCUCCUGGUGGUGUUCGGUAUGUUUUUCAACUGCAAUUCCGGCCAAUACCUUCAGAUGAACAAUCACGAGAUGAUGCCUUGGACUGCACUAAACCAUGGGAUGAGACAGAAUAUCCACAUAUUGAUGUGGGGGAGAUCAUAAUUGAUCAAAAUCUCACGAGAGAGCAAUCAGAGGAGUUAGAGUUCAACCCUUUCCUCCGCUGCCAUGAGAUUGAUGUCAUUCGGGCAACCUCAGCAACAGAAAGUGCCUCCAUUGAUCACGGUCGUUCACUAAUAUAUGGGAUUUGUCAGCAUUUGAGAAAUGAAGAACCACUUCCUGAGGCUUGGAGAAUGUUCAUAGAGCAAUCAGAUGUCAAGGUAGACCUUUCGGGAUGUCCCAUCGCAGCUUCACUAGAGAAGAAUGAACCUAACAAAGAAGUGACUCUGGAGCGGACAUCAUAUCAAACUAUUUGGUCCAUUUUUGCACAACCAUUACUGCAGACCUUUCUGCCAUACUUCCUAUUGGCAUAUGUUAUCUGUGGUCCCCUAAACAGUAUCCUCGUCAGGAAAGGCCCCGAUAGAUAUCCAUUAUAUUGGGCCCUUCCUUUCUUUUGGCUUUCUUCCGGCAUAUUGGCAGGCCUGGUGACCGUUUUAGCCAAAUGGAUGCUGGUUGGAAAGAAGAAAGAUGGCGGAACAGCUAAAAUAUGGAGCAGAGGAGUUCUCGCUGACACGGUAUGGCAAGCUUUUAGAACACUGGUGGGGGAUUAUUUCAUGGAAAUGACAGGAGGGUCAAUUUUGUUUGCACUUUGGAUGAAACUCAUGGGAUCAAACAUAGAGUUGAGUCAAGGUGUCUAUGUAGACAGCAUGGGAGCUCUAUUGAAUCCUGAAAUGGUAGAAAUAGAAACAGGAGGGUCAGUCGAAAAAGAAGCAUUGCUGUUCGGACAUGUAUACGAUGGCGAAGGUGGCGUGAUCAAAUUCGGUAAGAUUGAAGUCGGCGAGGGUGGUUUUGUGGGAAGCAGAGCUGUAGCAAUGCCAGGAGUUAGAGUAGAAACCGGAGCUUGUCUUGGUGCUCUUUCUCUUGCCAUGAAAGGAGAGACUGUAAGGGAAGGUGGCGGCGAGGCGGCGGCGCAGUGCAUCUCCGUCUUCCAGCAAAAUCAAGUGACAUGGAGAGUAUCAUUGUCAAAGGAGCUUCGUUCAAAUAUCUCAAAAAAAUAA